CGCUAUAAAACAUUAUUAUAAAUUACCAUAUUGAUUUCAGUCGGUCGCAGAAAUAACGUAGAACUCUGUAAAACGCAAUAUCGAUCUUAAAAACAGAUAAAAUCCGACACGCAAGCGCCGAUUUUCCAUGAAACUAUGGAUUUUCCACAGGGAUGGUUUUGUAUCCUGAUACAGGUUUGACAGGAGGAGAUCCAGUGGCGAACAUGAGUUCAACGAGGGGUGGUUUUUUACUAAACAGGUAAUGCUUAACCGGUAAAAGAUGCCCCCACGGCUUCUUACCCCGCGUAAGUUCUUUCUUACCUUUCUGGUGGUGAUCGGGGUGACCCUGUUGGUGGGCAGCAAGUAUCGCUUCUCGUAUUUCUCCAAAAGCAGCAGAGAGCACUCGCUGAGGGAGAAGGACCUCAAUGGGGUUGAGGAACAUACACAGAAAGACGAGAUGGAAAAAGACGAGGUUGAGCUAGAAGAAGAAAAACAGCCGACAAAACCUCUAGAAAAGCCCUUCUUCCUGAGUGGGGGGACUCUGUAUCCCUCCAAGACUAAAGGGCCUGCCAGACUGUUCCCUGAACAAGCAGACGGAGAUCGGAUAGUUGACCAGUUAAUGUACGUUCCUGAAGAUUAUCAAGAAUUCGAUACUCCAGAAAAGACAAUUCUACUAUUUAGCGGAUUGGGUGCGUGGGGCCAAAGGGGUGGAUCAGCAGCCUUCGCUCAAUGUCCCGUCAGCCGGUGCAGUUUGACGGCCGAUAGAGGGCGCGCGUCUGACGCCGACGCCAUUUUGUUUAAAGAUCACGUGGCUAACUUAGGGUUUAACAGGCCAGCCAAUCAAGUGUGGAUUCUGUAUCAUUUGGAAUGUCCCUAUCACACUCAAAGUGUGAAAAUACCAGAGUCAAUCAAUUGGACCGCUACAUAUAGACGGGACAGUGAUAUAGUGGCGCCCUAUGAAAAAUGGGUUUACUACGAUCCUGAGGUUCGCCAAAUAAACCAAAAUAAAGAUUACGCGGGCAACAAGACCAAAAAAGUCGCCUGGUUCGUAUCGAACUGCGGGGCCCGUAAUAACCGACUGCAAUACGCAAGGGAACUGGCCAAAUACAUAGAAGUCGACAUCUACGGGGGAUGCGGAUCAUUGAAAUGUCCCAGAUCCGACGACAAGAAAUGCUUCAAUUUGCUAGAGAGCGACUACAAGUUCUACUUUGCAUUUGAAAAUUCGAACUGUCGAGACUAUAUCACCGAGAAGCUGUUCGUUAACGGGUUGGGACAUGACGUCUUACCGAUAGUGAUGGGCGCUAGACCAGAAGACUAUCAAAAGAGUACACCAGAAGGUUCCUAUAUCCACGUGGACGAAUUCGCCGGUCCGGAAGAACUGGCGGAAUAUCUUCACCGAUUGGACAACGACAACGCCCUCUACAACUCCUAUUUUAAAUGGAAGGGCACCGGGGAGUUUAUAAACACUUAUUUUUGGUGUAGGUUAUGCGCCAUGCUGCAUGCUCCAUUGGUUCCUAGACAUUACGAGGACGUGAACGAUUGGUGGAGGGGACCUGGGGUGUGUACCACCAAAUCGUGGAGAAACGCCGAAUUCGUAUGAGCUGAGAGAGAUAAAUGAUUUUUAACUGCAUAGGUUGUGUCAAGAAUUAUUAAGGAGCAUGUAGUCAAAAUUUGAAGGAUUGAAAAGUUUAACUUCUGCUGAACUAGUACAUUAUGACAUGGCUUGGUAUAUGCCGACGAUACCCAGUUAAAGCAAGCUAUUAAGCUUUUCCAAAAGGGUAUGAGUUCUUCCAGAAAGUUUACUUUUUAAUUUUUAAAAUUGCCACUGAUUCGCCCGAUUGCCGCUGAUUCUCACAUUUAGGCACGAUACAAAACCAGCAGAUUUUAAAAUUAGGUCGAAUUGAGAAUAUAAAAUCAAAAAUAUGUAACACCCCAACCAAUUUCAAUCGUUUUUUUAAAGUCCUCCUUGAUUUACAAUCAAACUACUAUAUAUACAGUGUGUGUCAAAAGUAAGCACGAAAUUUUAGUUUGAAAAUAUGGUUAUGGUCAUGACAAAUUGAGACACCCUGUAGAUUUGCCCAAAAAUUCCUACGUUCAGCAUUUCCUAUAUAGUUUAUAGACUUCUCUAAGACUUACGUGUAUAUCAUUAUUGUAGUCCGACUGUUGUAGUAAGUAUAUAUAUAGGGGUAUCUGGAAAGUUUAUUUAAAUUUUUUAUGUAACAUAGCGAUUUGCCCAUUAUGGUAUAUUAGGGUCCGGUUUUUUGUAUAUAGUAUUAUGUAAUAAAUAUUUAGGAAAUAUUAGCAAGGUAAAGGAGAAUGUACGGUGCUUGUUUACAAAAUUGAGUUUUUAGUGAAAUUUAUUUUUUAAGUUUAGUUAUUGUUGGUUUAUUUAAACAAAAUAGGUCAAUUAUUAUUGCGAAUUGAUGGUCCAAAAAUUAGGAUAUUGAAAGUAUACAAUGGGAGGCAGGUUUUAACGAAAAUUAUAUAGAAAUUGAAACGUUGACAAAUCCUCAAAGUGACAACUACAGACUUCAUAAGAAAAUUGAAUCAUACAGACUGCGCCUGUUGGCACAUUCAAAUUUGACUGGACAAUAAAAAAAAACAAUAAAUGAAUUACAAGCAGCUUCUCAUUAAGGUGCCCUAGAAUAUUAAGAGUGUAUCCAAAUACCAGACCCACCCUACAUAAAAGGAAACUAUAAAUUGUUCAUUAAACUACUGACAGUUUCACAGCCUUAGUAAGUAACUAUUGACAAAUGACAAGGGACAAUUUUGAUAGUUCUAUUGAUUUAACAGUACGGUGAAAAAAAACUAAAUUUGAAAAGCUCUUCCAGUAAUUUUGAGCCACACACUUCAUUAAAAAUUUAAAUCCUACCGACUGCACCAACAACAGAGGACAAGUUUGACAGCAUACUAAAAAAAAACAGUAUUAAUAGGUAUCUCAAAGGCUGACUCUGUAAAAAGGGACUGUACAUAAAGCUAUUGACCGAUAAAAUAUUAUAACGUGCCUAAAACCUGACGCAUCCUAUAAACAGGGAACUAAAAACUGUAGAUACAUUGCGAAAGACGUUUUUACAAUAGCACAUGUGUAAAGAGCUUGCGAAAAGCGUAUAUCUAAUCCUAUCGACUGCGCCCAUUGAUAAAUGACAAGUGGCACGUUUAACAACUCUCACAAUUUGAUAGCACACCAAAAGAAGAGCUUAAAUAUUAAUUACAAGAACGUUAAAUAAUUAGAGUUAAUACACUAUUUCGUAUAGGUACCCAAAAAUCUGAAACAGCUAUAGGGGACCUAAUAUCUGUACAUAAGACUAUUGACAGAUCAGAAUUGACAGCUUUACACACUUGAUGGUAUACAGAAAAAAAAAUAAAUAAUAAUUACAAGAAUUUCUCCUCUUAUUCAUAAGUGUAACUAUUAAGACAGAUGACCAUUGACAAGAUUGACAGUUCAAUUGAUUUUAUAGUUAGUGCAAGAAAAACUAACUACAAAUUAAAAGAAGCUUCCCACUUAUUAAGUUAGGGUAUUAAAAGUGAGAAGCCGCUUUUCAAGAAAACUGGAAGAAAACCUUAUCAAAAUCAUUACAAAUUUAAAUCCUACCGACUGCACCCAUUAACGGAAAACAAGAUUGACAGCACACUAAAAGAACAUAUGACAAGAAGAGUACAACUUAUUCUUAUAAAGAAACUGCACAUAAGGUGACUGAUGAAACAUUGUACCUAAAAAACAUGACCCACUAUAUCUACAGGAAACUACAAACUGUAAAAUAUAAAACAUUGAGGACAUUUUUACAUAGUAUUUAAAGAGUUUGCGAAAAAAAAACGUAUUUCUAAUCCUACUGACUGCGCCCAUUGACAAAUGACAAAAUAUGUGUUAUGGGCGUGUCCAAAAACCUGAUCCCACCUGUAUACAGGGAAGCCACAACAUGUACAUAAAACUAUUUGAAUGACGUUUGGCGCACAGUAUUUCAAGCGUUUGUAAAGUAUUAUGGUUUUAUUCUGUUUUAAAAAAAAUCUUCUUCUGUGAUAUUGUGUUACCAAAAUUCCCAAGAUGGCCGCUUCUUUCGAUUCUUUAGUAAUAAUAAUGAUAAGCAUACAAGGUCAAAACUUAAUUAUCUAUAAGAAAUUUAAUAAUAUUAGGCAAAAUGACAUUUUGACGUCGAACGCGAACAUAGCGGUUCAGUUGUUGAUUAUUUGUAAAUGUAACAGCCAGUAAUAUAUAAUUUAUUAAGUUUUUACAUAA